AAUAUAAUUAAUUACCAAGUAAUCCAGGAUGGAACUCCAGUUUUAUUAUAUCCAUUUAAAAAAAAUGUAUUACCUUGAAGUUUAUUGAAAACGCAGAAAUACUGUAUCAUAUUGACGCAGGGCACACGUCGUGCACUUAAUUCUGCAAAUAAUUAAAUAAUAUAAAUAUGUUUAAGACUCUGAUAAAAUUAAUAUUAAUAAAUUUCGCUGUAGCAGUAAUAGUGCAAGUGAAAAACGGGAAACUCAAAGGGAUAUUGGGAAAGAGUGUUAAUGGAAGGGAAUAUGCGAGUUUCCAAGGAAUACCUUACGCCGCACCGCCAACUGGAAAAUAUAGAUUUGUGGAAGCGGCCGAAAUGCCACCAUGGUCUGGAGUUUGGAAUGCCGACAAGCCCCUGUCUCGAUGCUUGCAGUUUGAUCCCUUCAUGGGGUCCGUAACAGGAAGUGAGGAUUGCCUAUUUUUGAACGUUUACACACCAUCUUUAAGUAGAUCUGGGAAGCUACCAGUUUUAGUGUUCAUUCAUGGCGGUGCUUUCAUGUUUGGGACCGGAAAUAUUUAUGGUCCCCAAAGACUUAUGGAUUGGAAUAUUGUUGUUGUUACUAUUAAUUAUAGAUUGGGACCUUUAGGAUUCUUAAGUACAGGGGACAAUGUUGUACCUGGUAAUGCUGGGUUGAAAGACCAGAACCUUGCUUUGAUCUGGGUAAAAAACAAUAUACGCUAUUUUGGAGGGAAUUCAGAUAACGUUGUUCUUUUUGGAAACUCCGCCGGUUCUUCGUCUGUCCAUUAUCACCUUCUAUCCCGACGAUCAUAUGACAAAUUCCACCGUGGCAUCAUGUCCAGUGGAUCAGCGCUGGCUCCAUGGGCGCAGCAGACGGUGCCAGAAAAAAAUGCCAGAACCUUAGCAGGUCUUGUGGGAUGUCCCAGCGAUAAUAACCAGAAAAUGGUCGAAUGCUUUCGCAGCAGACCAGCAGAUGUCAUCGUAAGCGCCCAAGGCGAAAUGCUGGGCUGGCGAGCACAACUAUUCACUCCGUUUGUUCCAGUAGUGGAACCGGAUUGUCCUCAUGCAUUUAUUGAUACACACCCGUAUCUCGGUACUCUAGAAGGGUCGUUUCAUAAAGUACCACUUCUCAUUACCACGACAUCGGAGGAGGGACUAUAUCCGGCUGCAAUUUUCCAAUCAAAUGCAACUUUGCUACCAGAAUUGGAAGCCAGAUGGCCAGAACUAUCGUCAAUUAUCUUCAACUACUAUUACACGUUAUCUAAAGGUCGCCGAGAUGAGGUAGCUUCGAAAAUCAAGGAAUUCUAUUUAAACAACCGAGCUGUUAAUCAAAACACAUUCCAACAUUUAGUAAAAGCGUUAACCGAUCGCAACUUUUACGUAGAUAUAGGAGAAUUUACGCGAUUGUUUGUCCUAAAAUCUACUAAGGAUGCUUACAUGUAUCGAUACAGCUUUCGAGGUGAAAAAAGCCUUUCCGACUUGAUUGGAAGGACUAAUGUCAAUUACGGUACCAGCCACUCGGACGAUCUCUUUCGUAUAUUUGUUCUGCCAAACUUUGAUCUCAAUAGGUCUGACGAUAUUGAAAUAAUACAAACUUUAAUUAAAAUUAUUUAUUCGUUUUCGACGACUGGUGUGCCUACUGUAAACAACUCGCAAUGGAAUCCAGUAACUCCAGGACCAGAAAUUAAUCUAUUAGAUAUCUUGGCACCUGACAACACAAAAAUGUCGCAUUAUGCUAAUUUUGGGAAUAAGACAUUUUGGGACAGUCUCGGAUUUAAUGAAAACGAACGAAUUUUACGAUAUUAGAAUUAUUAAAUUUUCAACAUCAAGCGAUCUAUUUGUUGAUGCUGAAAUUUAAUUCAAUAAAACUUUAUUACGUAAUUAAACAGCAUUAACGACCCAAAAUCCUCCAUUAAAAUAUUUCAUAUUCUCUGUGAUAAUUUGUCUAGUAUAAUGCACCCUUCUUGCUAAGUAUUUGAUUUAAGACACAUAUGCGUUUCGAUAUUAAAAAAAUAUUUCUACUCUAUGGAUAAAUCUACCAUGUAUACAACAUAUCUCGUUUUAUUUAUUUAUUAAGUACAGCUAAACAUAUCCAUAUUAUUAAAGCAAACCGAUUACAUUGUUCAGCAAAAUAUACGAAAUAGAAAGAUAGGGUCAACUAUUAAAAAAACUACAACGUAAUAUUUUAAAGAAAUAUGAAAUUGUAACUACUGCGUUAAGCCUUCUUGUAUGCCACGCACUGCCGGAUUAGCCACUUAGCAAGAGUAACAAAUGCUACGGGCCCCUUUGGGGGCCCGCGCUCCAACGUAUCCGAAUAUAAUAAUACCCGUACAGUAAUAAAGAAAUAUUAAAUUA